CAUAGUACCUUUACAGUGGAGCCAAAUGCGCCGGCAAGUGAAGGAAGCAAGUGAAUCGCACUCGGACUCGAGUAUCAGGUGACCUGCAAAGUAGCCGUUGGAGGCCGGCGGUGUGACCCAGGAGAGCAGUGAGGUGCCGAUUCAAAAUUCAAACCAUCAACUGCCGGAUUGACUCAAGUGAGCUGACUAGUCAGCCUCCCGCCCGCCCGCCCUCUUCGCCUCGUCAACUGCCUUGUCCUACUGAGAGUGUGAACUGGACGAGAGUGUGUUCGUCGAGCAGCAAGUAAGCAAGCGAGCAAAGGCUCAGAGAGGAGGACUGAGCUCAGCCGUUACCACUUUUGUGCUCGAGCUUCGCAUCGCGAGAGUCAUUUGUAAGCUUUCCGCAGGCAGAUUUCCGUACUUGGUCGGCGCUUCGUGCUGACACGAGCUAGUGAGCGAAGAGUGAGUGGUUGUCGGUGCUCUCUCGCUUGGCAUCGAGGUUUGCACGCGAAAUUGAGGUGAGGGUUGGAGUGAGGUGCGAGUUGAAUUUCAGAGACGAUCGGUGGCUAGAAGCUGAUAGCGAGAAAUCAUGCCUCCACGAGGUACGAGGAGAGGUGCUGGUGCGAAAGCAGCAGCAGCAGUGGCAGAAGGGAAUGAUAAUGAGAAGGAGAAUGUGGGUGCUGCAGUCGAGGCGAAGGGCCCCGAUGUGUCGCUUGCGGACGAGCUGGAGGAGAUGACGAAGAAGCUGAACAUGAUCAGCCUCGAGAAGGAAAAAGCCCUGAUGUUGGUGAAGGAACGAGAGGCUCAGCUUGAGCAGAAGAAUGCUGAAGAACUGAGGCUUCAAGGUCUCCUCUCAGCCAAGGAGCAAGAGCAGAAGAAGCUCGCUGACAAAGUUCGGAAACUUCAGAAAAUGAAGGAAUUCCAUCCCACCAUUGAGGUUCCCGUCAGCUCCGGAGCCGCAAGCAAGGAGGCCAAGAAGAAGAGAGAAGCCAAGAAGGACAAAGUUAAAAGGCCGAUGACUCCUUUCAUGAUGUGGUGCAAAGAACAACGCCACCAGGUCAAAGAGGAGAAUCCGGAUGCUUCUUUCGCCGAAAUGAGCAGGCUUCUCAGCGAGAAGUGGAAGUCAGUGUCUGACGUGGAGAAGGAGCCCUACGUCGAGAGGUAUAAGAUCGAGAAAGAUGUGUACUUGAAGAUAAUCGGGAACGAGAAGCGAGAGGUGGAAGCCAUGAAGCUUUUCCAGGAGGAGCAAAACAAGAAGAACGCAAUGGAGCUGCUCGAGCAGUAUCUGCAGUUUAAGAAGGAUUCAGCUGACGAUGGCAAGAAGAAAAAGAAGGAGAAAGAUCCUCUGAAGCCGAAGAAGCCGACCUCUGGAUUCUUCGUGUACGCGAAUGAACGCCGCCCUGCCCUCCUGGCCGAGAAAAUGAAAGUCACAGAGAUGGGAAGGAAACUUGGGGAGGAGUGGAAGGCUCUUGACGAGCAGCGGAGGCAGCCCUACGAGAAGAUAGCGGCCGAGGACAAGGCCCGUUACGCUGCUGAGCUCGAAGCCUACAAACUCAAGAGAGCAGAUGAACUGAAAGUGGCCGAGGAUCAGAGUAAAGAGCAGGUGAAGGUCGUGAAGGUGCAGGCCUUGCAGCUCCUCAAGCAAAAGGAAGAGAUUGAUCAAGUCAAGAAGAACUUGAAGGACGAAAAGCUGAAGAAGAAGAAGGACAAGGCCCCCGUUGAUCCUAACAAGCCCAAGAAGCCCCCGACAUCUUAUUUGCUUUUCACAAUGGAGAACAGGAAGUUAAUCCAGCAAGAGAAGCCUGGAGCAAGUUUCUCUGAGAUCAACGCUACCAUGGCCAUAAGAUGGCAGGAGUUGCCCGAAGACCAGAAGCAGGUCUGGGUUGAGAAAGCGGCAGCAGCCCGAGACACCUACAAGGUGGCCAUAGAAGAGUAUAACACCAAACAGGAAACGUCACCAACAGCAUAGAUAGAUGCAGAAGGAUGGGAAGACUAGAGCAGAAUACUUCCGAGGUCUAGAAGAGGUGUAGGUAAAUAGUUUGUAACGCCAUCCCUGUUCAAGCAUUGCCGUUGAACACGAAAUAUGUCGAUUACGGCCUUAAUAGUUCACAACUUCACGUCCAAAUGUAAUGUAUAAAACGUCGAAUCAGUCGCCAUGGGAAUCGAAGACUCAAGGUGUAAGAAGACUUAUUUUGUAGAAUUCAAGUUGAUUCAUCAAGUGUAAACUGUAGAAUGUUGUGUUCAGACGAAGUAAAGUCAACAAUUCUA